AUGUCUGCCGAACAAGCUUUCCAAUCUUCAGAACAUCCACUCACUUUAGAAGAACUCGUUGAUAAUUAUCAAGGCGCCCAGCCCCCUCCUGUCGUUUCCAGCUCUACUUGUGGUAAGUUCUGGAGUCGUCGUUUAUCAGCUAUAAUGCCUUUCAUUCACGUCGCCUCAGUAUUUAUGCUGAUACUUACUAUCAAUAGGGUUGCUGGUGUCCCUGAUAUCUGCCGAACUGUAUCUUUCUUUGGUUACUUCUACGGAAUAACGAUGUUCUCCUUCGGUAUCAAUGAAAUACUGCUCUGGGUGCCUACCAUUCUUACCUAUAGAAUCCAGUGUUUAAAUUGGCUCUUGGCUUUAGUGGCUUGGGUGUUGCAAGUUGUCAGUGUCGUUGCAAGUCAACGUGCUGAAGGCCCAUUCGUGGAAAAGAAGUAUCUCGAUGGAGAAGUAAUAUUGCAGAAUGUGACUGAUUCGUUUAGAGCGAUUUACAUUGCGCGUCUUGUCAUGGCGGUAGUGAUUUGGCUCCUUGUUCUGCUUCGCUUGUAUGACAUAUUACUCUGUCUUCGGUGUUCAAACAACCGUAUUACCACCAACAAGGAAGUGAACCGUCUCGAGCUUGGUCAAGAUGUCGUCCCACUCCAGCGCCUUGAAAAGGCCUACUUACGGUGA